AUGUCUGGAGACUCUCUGCUCGCUUCUAAACAGUAUAAUUCCAUUCCUUUCUUCUCGCCAAAGAAUACUACUAGAGAGAUAAACGAUCUUGAUUCUCCCAAGAACACCAAGUUUCACCACCUCUACAAGUUCGAACUCGAGCAUGAUGUGAGUUUCAGUCACCUCUCUUGUAACCAUAUAGAGAAGUCUGUAAGAAUGACUCAGUUCUGUUCUGAUAUGAAACAGGUGAAGCAAUUAAAAGAUCAACUGCAAAAAGAGACUUCACUUCGUGCUCUAUUGCUGAAAGCUUCUGAUCAAAGCCACAAGAUUGAGCUGUCUCAUACAUCUUCUCUCCCACGCAGUGUUCAAGAACUUCUCUCUAGUAUAGUAACUAUGGAAGCUACAGUCUCUAUGCUCGAAGAAGAGAUCAUGUCUCUACACUUCUUGCUGAUUCAAGAACGAAACGAGAGAAAACUUGCUGAGUACAGACUGACACAUUCUCUAUCUCCACCUAAUGCUACAGAUUUGGUUAGGUUUUCCAAAAAGAAAGAAACAUUACGCCGCAAAGAUCACAAAAGCAAAGUGCCUAGGUCUUUGCAAAGUUUUGAUAACGCUAAUGAGCUAUCCAAGGAGAUGAUAAGAUGCAUGAGAAACAUAUUUGUAUCUCUCGGAGAGACAUCUGCAGGUUCCAAAUCCUCACAAGAGAUUGUAGGUUUCUCACCUACUCGCAAGAAUGGUUCAUCAUCAUCAUCAACAUGGUGGUCGCCUUCAGAACAUUCCCGGAUCUCCAAGUGGGUACAGAGCCCAAAAAUCGAUAUCAAGAAGAACUCAGAUGUUUUAGCAACAGAGAACAACGUGUUUGAUCCGUAUAGAGUCCAAGGAAAGCUGAGCUGGGCUGAUAUAGGAAGUUACAGAUCAGCAACUGAAGUGGCUUCCAUGUCUGUUGAGGAGAAACGGCUCGGAUAUGCUUCAGAUGAGUUAUGGAGAUUCAGACGCCUUGUAGAAAGACUUGCCAGAGUCAAUCCAACAGAGCUAAGCCACAACGAGAAGCUCGCUUUCUGGAUCAACAUAUACAAUGCCUUGAUCAUGCAUGCUUACUUGGCUUAUGGAGUACCAAAAACAGACUUAAAGUUCUUCUCCUUGAUGCAAAAGGCUGCUUAUACAGUUGGUGGGCAUUCAUACAACGCAGCAACGAUCGAAUACAUGACUCUAAAGAUGAACUCUCCUCUGCAUCGACCUCAGAUUGCUCUGCUUCUCUCCAUUCUAAAGCUGAAAGUAUCAGAAGAACAGAAACAGGCAGGGAUAAGUACACAUGAACCUCUAGUAUCUUUCGCUCUCAGCUGCGGAAUGCACUCAUCCCCAGCGGUGAGGAUAUACUCAGCUGAGAACGUAGUAGAGGAACUUGAAGACGCUCAGAAAGAUUAUAUCCAGGCGUCAGUGGGAGUGAGCCCCAGAGGGAAGUUGAUUGUACCCAAGAUGCUUCACUGUUUCGGCAAGAACUUUGUGGAUGAAAACAAGGUUGCUCUGUGGAUUUCACGACACUUGCCUCCUCGCCAAGCCGCAUUUGUUGAGCAGUGUAUUCACCGGAGACAAUGGUGGGGGUUCCUGGAUUCAUCUAGUAGCAAAUGCGGUGUUAUUCCUUUUGAUUCACGGUUCCGGUAUCUGUUUCUUCCGUAA